UCUCUUCUCUGUUCUUCCUCUUCUGUGGUUUUUCCAUGGUAAUGGCCUAAUAAGGAAACCCUCCUCUGAAUGCCUGCGUCCACCGAAAGGGAGAGUUCGGCUGCAAAGAGGUAAGCAGUGAAAAACAAUUACUUACUAUUUUAAUCACAGGAGGAAGACAAAUGGGUUUUUGGGGUUGAAUUUGGAUUUCGCAAGCCCAAGAAAAAGGGCUUUGAAGCCCAAACUUUUUUUCCAUUUCCUGUUUGGAUUGGAAGCUCAAGACAUUAAUGGACUUAAAAGGAAAGCCCGAAAAGGUUUUUCUGGCCCGAAAAGCUUAAAAGAGAUUUUUUUGUUUUUAACCAAAAAAACAAAAAAAAACCCUAGAAAAAGGAGGGUUUGACCGAAACCGGUAGCCAAACACUACUAUUUAGUUUUCUCUUUACAAUCUACAGUAUGCAGCAUCGCAGUCAAUGGAUGAAAUAUCUCUCUCUCUCGAAAAAGCCAAAUAAAUGGCGGCUUAGUUUUCCCUCCCAAUUCAAAAUCUUCCCUUAAAAAAAGGUUUUGCAAACAACCCAUUUUUUCAAUUUCCCUCCGCUGAAUUCCCUCUUCGAUUUUUUUUUCUCAAAUCAAAAUUUCUUAAUCCAACAAGAUUGAGGAUUCCUAAACAAUUUCCCUUUGGAGAUUUAUAUAUUUCAAUCUCCUCAUUACUAUUCUUUUUCUUCUUUCAAAGCUCACAGCAAAGUUCUACUAUCUUUCAAUGGAGACCCAAACGUAUUUCUCCAAAACCCUAACGAUAGAUCAUCCAUCUACUUCAGAAUCUUUUGUUUCUCAAGAGAAUCUUGUUGGGUUCUCCCAAGUUUCGCCUUUAAUGGCUGAUUCUUUAUCUGGGUCUUCAUCAGUUUCCCCAAUGAUCGUAGGAGAAACCGUAGCCAAUCCUCGUUUGUCUGAGGCAUCAUCAACUGAUGAUUUGUCUUCGUUAACUUCUCCGACGCCUUCGCCUUCUACUGAAUCUGAGCCGUCACAACCUAUGGGAUGUGAUCAGUUAUAUGGUCUCAGAGAAAACGAAUUCACAACCCCUGGAUCUUGGUAUUCUACAUGGAACCCAUGGUGGUCGAGGCCCUUGUCUCCUCCUAAAGAAGCUUCAAGAACUGAAGAUGAACCAACCGGGGUGGGUGCAGGGCUGGAAAAUUUGGGUAACACAUGUUUUAUCAAUGCUGUGUUGCAAUGUUUCACUCAUACUGUUCCGUUUGUUUUGGGUCUUCGAUCUUUGAAUCAUCAUGAGAAGCGUUGUGAUCGUCGUAUUGAGAGUUUUUGUUUACUUUGUGCUCUUCAUGAUCACAUUGAGCUUUCGUUGAAGUCGUCAGGAGGAGUCGUUUCGCCUUCCAAAAUCUUUGACAAUUUGAACUAUAUCUCAUCUUGUUUCCAGAGAUAUGAACAGGAAGAUGUCCAUGAGUUCCUGCAAUGCUUGUUAGAUAGGCUUGAAAGCUGUUGCUUAGACUCAAAGACCAAGAAUGAUUUGUCCUCUUCUAGAAUGGAUUGCCUGGUCAAGAAAGUUUUGGUGGUCCGUCUUGUUAGUAGACUAUGUUGUUGCAAUUGUGGUCACAUUUCUAACACUUAUGAGCCUUUGAAUGUGAGUUUGGAGAUUGAAAAUGUGGACUCCCUUCCAAGUGCCUUGGAGUCUUUCACCAAGGUGGAAAGGAUUGAGGAUCUGGAGGCAAAGUUUAGGUGUGGGAAUUGUAAAGAAGAGGUGUCGGUAGAAAAACAAUUAUGCUGGACCAGGCCUCCUUCAGUUGCAACAUUCCACUUGAAGAGAUUUAAGACUGAAGGGACUUUUGUCGAGAAGAUUGACAAGCAUGUGAUGUUCCCACUAGAGUUGGAUUUGCAGCCUUACUAUGUCAAUGAGAGAAGUAAUGAGGAACUCAAGUAUCAACUAUAUGCAGUUGUGAAGCAUUCUGGAUUCAGACCUACUUCUGGACAUUAUGUUUGCUAUAUUCGGUCCUCCCCAGAUACGUGGCAUGAGUUGAAUGAUUCAAGGGUUACUAGUGUUGAAGAAGAAGAUGUGCUUUCUCAGGAAGCCUACAUUUUGUUCUAUGCUAGGCAGGGUAUACCUUGGUUUUCAACGGCAAUAAAAUUGCAAAAGCCUUGUGCAGACCCUGGUAUUUCUGAUUCUUCACCAAAGUCUGUUCUAGAUAACAUAGAAUGUGCCUCCAAUCCCGAGGUAGAAAAUAGUGCUGAUUGUGGUGCCAAUGAAUCUAAAGAUGUUGCUGCUGAGGGGAUUUCUGGAGCACCUGCUAAUGAAUCAAAAUUUCAAGUAUCAAAGUCCAUUAACUCCGGAGAUGGCAAUCCCAUGACUGAUGCUUCAAUACCACCAGCAUCAAGAAAUUGUUCUAAUGAAUUUGAUAGAAAUAUAUCUACUGUGUCUCAUCUUGGGGAAAACAACUUCAAUCAAAGUAUUGAUGAAGUUGCAAAUGAUAGUAGUUUCCCUCGGAUGCCAUCCAGUUAUCAUUGUCCGGAUGAGUGUGAGAGAGACUCUUCAGGAUGUGGUCCGCAUGGUUGUUUGAAAGAAGAGAAGCAAGGCAUUCAUCGAAGAGAAAUCAACAGGCCUGCCGUGGAUCAAGGAAGAAUUGAAGCAGUGAGAUAUGCCAAAAGGAUGCCUACUGUACGAGGUGCAAAAUUUAUGGCUUUGUUGGGUCCACAAACUGCGGGUAAAAUGAAGAAAAGAACAGGAUCAUCUCCUUGCAAAAGAGUCAGCCCUCGCCGCAGACACAACCAUAAUCUUAUGCGCCCGGUUCCUGUCUCACGCUGAACACUUUAUCAGCCCUUUUGGUUAAAUCCAAUUGGUGGGUUCUUGACUAUCACAUAACAAAUACAUGGCAUAUAUGAAGUUCACCAUAUCCUUUUUGCUAUCUAUUGUAAUGGGUAGAAGGCUGAUGUUGCGCUGUUUUAUAUUUAGGUCUGGUCAGGGAAAAUGUUAAGUUUAGGAUUUUGUUUGGGAAGUAAAUAUUAUGGGUUUCAUAAGGUAAAUUUUGUUUACGAUACAGUAAUAACUAUCGAGUCUAAGAUUGUGACUGGUUCGAUUCUUGCGUUGAAAUUACAACAAUGCUAAAUUUAAAGUUGCUUAGAUAAGUUAACUGGGGGUUUCAGCAAGAUAUUUCAUUAGGUUGGCACUACUUCACUGGCACGUUGCAAAACUAUGGAUAAUUUUCCUGCUGUUUUAGAUCCCUUCACUCUUUCAAUCGAUAAAUUCUAGACUAGAAUACAAACCGUGGACAAAUCUUGGCCUUGCUCAAAGAAUCAUGUUGGAAUUUUCGUUAUGGUAGAAAAACAACCUAGUUCGUGUCAAAAAGUACUAAGGUAAGCUCCUUGUUUCUAUCCAAAUUUUUUAUCUUUUCACUCAGACAAUCAUAGGAAAAGUACUAUAAAAGGAUGGGGCUUUUAACACAAAUCCUUCCUCUCGAUCUUUUCUUUGAAGCAUUGGUAGUAGCAAAAUUAGAACUCUUCGGGAAUUAACAUAUAGCAGAUACGGUUCUCUUUAUCAGAUUCAGAGGAAAACGUAAUUAUCCAUGUCGCUGCCAAGGUUUAUGGGAAAGAACGGCUCAAAACUGGCAAAUGAUCUUAGUUCACCAGGCUCAGCUAAUGUUCCUAAACAUGUUGUGAUAGUUAUGGAUGGCCUAAAGGAAUUCACCACAGAGCUGCUAGAAUGGGUGCUUGAAAAAAUUAUAGCACCCGGUCACAUAGACAUAGUCACCCUCCUUGGU